AUGAGGCGUGUAAUAGUCUUAGGGGAUGUCCUCAAUAACACAUGGGAAUUGAGAAUCGUUAGGAAUUGCAAAUAUAACUGCACAGCAUGGAACUUCUAUUUAAGGAGGUAUUCAGAAAACAAAGAAGUUGAGGACGAAGUUAAGUUGUUAGUCAAAGUGGUUUCUUAUGGACUUGUGCUGCAAACUAAAAAUGUUAUCUUUCUCCCUGGUAUGAGAAAAAGAAAAGUUGCGACAAUGGAAGAUUACAAGUUGGAUUUCUUUUUCAUAUUUGAAAGCAAGGCGGCAAAGAAUAAGGAUGUUGCAGAAGAAUUUCAAAUUGUGAAAUUGAACAAUUUAUCCGCAAGCUUUCAAGAAAUGUUUGAGAAAGAAUACAUGACAGAUACAAUUUUAGUAUGCGAUUCCAUAACUCUGAAAGCUCACAAAUGUGUUCUCAGUUCCCAGUCUCCAGUUUUUGAAGCCAUUUAUGCAAAUAAUAACCUUACUAGUAAACUGGACAGGGUAGUCAUCGAAGAUAUAAAUCCAUCUAUUUUUCGGGCAAUGGUCAGUUUCAUGUAUUCUGGUCGAUUGAAAAUGGAAUCUGAAGCAAUGGCUUACGAUCUUCUGCACGCGGCAGCGAAAUAUCAAAUCGAAGGGUUGAAAGAGGGAUGUAUAGAAUAUUUAAAGUCAAUUUUAUCUUGUGCAAAUGCAAUUAAAAUUCUUGAAAUAGCUCAUGUAUCUGACAAGCAAAUGAAGUUACAUUGUUUGAGUUACAUUAAAGAACAGUAUGAACAAAUAAAAUUAACAGAAAACUGGAGAGAUCUCAAACUGAAAAAUCCUACUUUGGCAUUAGAAGUUUACUCCUAUAAUGAAAGUUCCAAUGUGAAUUAA